CCCCCCGACCCCCCUUACGACCGCAAACGCCGGCACCAGGAGGACUCCGGUUCCGAGCCCAGCGACUACGAGGAGCAGAAGGAGGAGGAAGAAGCUCGGAAAGUCAAAAGCGGCAUCCGGCAGCUUCGCCUCUUCAGCGCCGAGGAGUGCGCCAAGAUCGAAGCUCGCAUCGAGGACGUGGUGUCCCGGGCGGAGAAGGGGCUCUACAAGGAGCACACGGUGGACCGGGCGCCGCUGCGGAACAAGUAUUUUUUCGGGGAGGGCUACACCUACGGGUCUCAGCUGCAGAGACGAGGCCCCGGUCAGGAGCGCCUGUAGCCACGGGGGGCGGUGGAUGCCAUCCCCGAGUGGGUGCACGACUUGGUGAUCAGGAAGCUGGUGGAGCACCGGGUGAUCCCCGAGGGCUUUGUGAACAGUGCGGUCAUCAACGACUACCAGCCAGGGGGCUGCAUUGUCUCCCACGUGGACCCCAUCCAUAUCUUUGAGAGGCCCAUCGUCUCCGUCUCCUUCUUCAGCGACUCGGCCCUCUGCUUCGGGUGUAAAUUCCAGUUCAAACCCAUCAGGGUAUCGGAGCCCGUUCUCUUCCUGCCCGUGAAGAGGGGGAGCGUCACGGUGCUCAGUGGGUAUGCAGCCGAUGAAAUUACACACUGUAUUCGACCACAGGACAUCAAGGAGAGGAGAGCUGUCAUCAUCCUGCGAAAAACAAGACUAGAUGCGCCUCGAUUGGAAACAAAAUCGCUGAGUAGCUCUGUGUUGCCACCAGGUUAUAACUCUGACCGCCUGUCGGGAAGCAACCGGGACCAGAUCCUGAAACCAAAGCGGUCCCAUCGCAAAGCAGACCCCGAUGCUGCUCACAGGCCACGGAUUCUAGAAAUGGAUAAAGAGGAGAACAGGCGCUCGGUCCUCUUACCAAAACAUAGGAGACGGAGCAACUUCAGCUCCGAGAACUAUUGGCGAAGGUCUUACGAGUACACGGAGGACUGUGACGAGGAAGAGGAGGACGGCAGCCCAGCCAGGAAAGUGAAGAUGAGGCGACACUGAGGAUUGCGCUUUCCAGGCUCGUGGAGCUGAUGAGAUUGGCCUCCAGUCUGUGAAAACUUUCUCUUCCCUCUGGCUAUCUUCCAUCUAGCUUCAGUUUUGGUUUUUCCUUUCAGGCUGAAGAGUAAACAGGAAGGAUCUAGCGAUUUUUGUGGUUUUAUGAAUGGAGGAAUGCUGAGACAUACGUAAGGAUGGAACAUGUCCAGCGCACGUGGUGCCCUGAGUCAUGGGGCAAACGGGCAUCUCUCCCUUAGGAAGCAGAUAAAGUUAUGCCAGGCUGUUUGUUGGGAUUUCUUUUGAAAACACCAAAAAGUUUCACUGUUUCGUUGCGCAAGAUUCAAGAAUUGUAUUUUUGUUGGGUUUGUUUUUGCUUUAACUUUUUUCUUCCUUUCCAAAUGUUCUAAAUAUGAUGUUUGACCCCAGGAGCUGAAGCUCUCUGUGGUGGCCUCGUAUUCCCUUCACCAAAGGGCUCCUUGGUCUGCU